GAGUAAGGAAUGAUUUCAAGGAUAACGGCUUGGUACCAGAUAACUGGGCUGUGUAAACGUCGACGGACAAAGUGUUUUUGAUACAGGUUCUCUGUGGGCUUCUAUAAAACGGCGGAGCAUUGUUUAACUAUAAUUUUUUUUGCGGUGGUGUCAAGGAGUCGGACUGUGUUUAGGCGUUCAAGAUCAUAAAGUUUGACGCGAAACUAAAAAGUAAUCCGGCCCCAGGAUGGUACUGGAGGGUCUAGCAGAGCCGGACCUGCCGCUGUUCUCAGUGGCAGACUAUGUGGUCUUCUCUCUCAUGAUCUGUAUCUCCGCUGGUAUCGGCAUCUACUAUGCAUUCUCGGGAGGAGGGCAGAAAACAACAAAGGAGUUUCUUCUAGCUGACCGACAGAUGCACGUGGUGCCCGUGGCCAUGUCUCUGAUGGCGUCCUUAAUGUCAGCUAUCACGGUGCUCGGCACCCCUGCUGAGGUGUACACACACGGGACCAUGUUCUGGAUGUUCUGGAUCACCUAUAUCUUCAUGAUUGUGAUCUCCGCACACCUCUACAUGCCCGUGUUCUUCAACCUAGGCGUCACCAGUGCCUACGAGUACCUUGAGAGAAGGUUCUCCGUCGUAGUACGAAGACUCGGUUGUGCCACCUUUAUUUUGCAAAUGACAAUAUACAUGGGGAUCUGUCUGUACGCCCCUGCGCUGGCUCUGGAAGAAGUGACCGGAGUUAACCUCUGGGGAGCCGUGUUGACCCUAGGAAUUGUGUGCACCUUUUACACUACAAUAGGCGGUAUGAAGGCUGUGAUGUGGACCGACACGUUCCAGGUGUGUGUCAUGUGUAUGGGCUUCCUGGCCGUCAUCAUCCAGGGCAGCAUCAACGUGGGGGGCUUUGGGGAAGUCUGGAGCAGGAACCUGGAUGGAGAGAGGCUGACUUUCUUUGUGUUCGAUGCCGACCCGAGAAUACGUCACAGCACGUGGAGUGUUCUGAUUGGUGGAGGGUUCAUGUGGACGGCUGUGUUCGGAGUGAACCAGGCGCAGGUGCAGCGGUACCUGAGCUGUAAGAACCUCCGCAAGGCACAGACAGCGCUGUACUUGAACAUCCCCGGGUUGUUCGUUAUCGUUACGCUGGCGUCUCUGUGCGGCCUGGUGAUGUACGCAUUGAAUAAGGAUUGCGACCCCGUCACCGCAGAUUAUCUAAAAACUUCCGAUCAGCUGAUGCCCUACACGGUGAUGAUGUUACUCAGUUGGCUGCCUGGUCUCCCUGGGGUGUUCGUGUCAGCUGUGUUUGCCGGAGCCCUUAGCACGAUGUCGUCCGGUUUGAACUCCCUGGCAGCAGUGACGUUAGAGGACUUCAUCAAGCCGUUUAAAAAAGACCUGUCGGAGCGGCAGUACACCAACAUCUCCAAAGUACUGGUGGCGUUCUAUGGUGCUCUGAUGAUUCUACUGGCCUGGGCAUCUUCCUUCAUGGGAGCCGUCUUACAGGCCGCCCUUGCCAUGUUUGGUAUGGUAGGUGGACCUUUGCUGGGGAUCUUCACUCUCGGUAUCUUCUUUCCCUGGGCCAACACGGCGGGCGCCGUUGUUGGUAUCAUAUGUGGGUUCCUGGCCACCUUCUGGAUCGGAAUCGGUGCACAGAUCUACAAGCCCAUCGUCCCGAGACCACCCAUCACCAUUGAGGGCUGCCCAUUGGCCAACGACACGAUUUCAAACGCUUUGAACGUUACUGGCACGGCAACCUCCAUGGUGACUGACCUGUUCCAAACGACGUCGGCGGAAGACCUUGUGACGAGUGCCGUCGAACGACCCGCCAUUGCUGAGCUGUACAACAUCUCCUACCUGUGGUACGGAGUGAUCGCUGUCUUUGUGGUGGUGAUAGUCGGGCUGAUCGUCAGUUUCAUCACAGGACACCAGGACCCGGCUGAGCUGGACCCCCGUCUGAUCACUCCGUUCUUCGACACGGCGUGCUGCUGCUGCCCGGGCGGGUGCAGACACACCCUGUGGUGCGGAGUCCGCCAUGACGAGACGGACAAGUGGACUCAGCAGGAGAAGGAGGAGAAUGAGAAAGAAAUGGCGAGGAGAGAGAGUCUGAGGAUCGCCCGGAAGGAAAGUUUGAGAAAGGAGAGCUUAAAGAACAAGAAAGAAGAUGGCGACGUAGAGAAGAUCGAGCUGAGGGAAAAAGAAGGAACGCCGAUCAUUGGUAACGAGGCACCUGGUGUUUAGUUUGGUCAGAAUUGCAAACAGGCCCCACUGGGUUGUAUAUGGGCUUUUUUCGCACUUUCAAGUAACCUGGAAUCCAGUCUAGUUGUGGCAUGGCCUACCGUAGUUAGUGUAGGCUCUCCACGGGGCCAGUGCAGCUCAUAGCCGCUCGUGUAAUCAUUCACACCCGGUAGCAUUUUCCCGGUAGGACUUUGCCCAGUGAGAGUUAAUUAAUAGGCCACAGCCCGUGGAUGGAAAUUUUCCAAUCCCACCGUGCAAAUCUCCUACCGGGUGUGAAAGAUUACCCCGGCGGUGGAAAGAUCCCCCUGUCCCGGAGGUAGCCUGGCCAAUCCACGGUAGACUGGAUUCCAGGUUAACUUUCAAGUGGGGCACACUGCGACUACCGCCCGGCAAUUUUGGGGCACACUCGGGCUCCCAGAUUUAUUUAGAACUUGCAUUUUAAGUCAAUCCGAGACCCAGUGACGAGUAGACGAUGGGUAACCGGCAGUACACUUUGACGGAUUUGUGUGGGUAAGACUAAGACGAACAGUACUCGACAAAAGUCUAUAUUCAUCUGGGCAUCUGGAUAUACGCGUAAGGCAUCUGAUUAUUAUAAACAUAGACAUGUUAUGAUGAAGGCACAGGUCUCAUCAAAAGUUGCUUCUUAGAUUAAUGGAGAGCCUCAAAACGGAUAUCAUAUUUACUAUCUAAACAUCAAGAGUGUUAAAUAGACAAGUUUGGGUAUUGUGAAAACGCUGUAAACGCUAAAUAAUCAAGAGCAAGGUAUGACAAUGUUAGUGAUACUUUCAUUCACAUUUGAAUAAAUAAUAAGUGUUGAAGUAUAUGGAGAAAAUUUAUACUCGAAAUGUUGCAGAAUCUGCAGGACAUUAAAAUUUGUGUUUAUGAGCGGAUUCAACUGUGUUUUAAAAGGUGCAUUUU